CCGGUGCUCGGCCCAGCCCCGCCGCCCGUCCGCCCGGGGCCGUGAGCGGCGGCGGGGCGGGGAUGCUCGCUCGGGCUGGAAAGUUUCUUCCCCACGGCGGCUCGCCCGCUUCCCGCCCGGACUUCUCCCCGGCCCUCCUCGGAGCUGGAGUGGCCGUGGGGGGCAGUGCGCUGGUAGCCAGCCAUGAUUGCCACUGGAGGCCUCCUGAGGAUCUCGGCCAGGAAACAGGAUCCCUUGAAACCCCCGAGCCAACUCCCCAAACGCAAACGCAAGGCCAAAAAGAAGCGCAAGAAUGACGUGGUGGUGGUGAAAGGCAAGCUCAAGCUGUGCUCCCUCUCGGGGUUCAUUGCCCUCUGUGGCAUCCUGGUACUGUUGGUGGGCAUCGCCUUGGCUGUGGUGGGCUACUGGCCAAAGCCCAGCCAGGUGUACAGAGAAGACAGCUUUGGCAAGGGCCGGCACCCAGCACCACAGGGUGGCACCCACACGAACCGCUCCCAGAGCCAGGGAAGGGUGCAAGCAGGGAUCCACCUGGAGUCACCCCCUGGAGCCAACACCUCCACCACUGCUACCCCUGGUGGGUCCGCCCCUACUUCCUCAUCCCCCCAGGCCUCAGCGGGUCUCCUUUUCCGUCUUUUCUCGAGCUACUUGCAUUCGGACAAGCUGAAGGUGCUGGGCCCUCUGAUCAUGGGUAUCGGCAUCUUCCUCUUCAUCUGCGCCAAUGCGGUGCUGCAUGAAAACCGCGACAAGAAGACCAAGAUCAUCAACCUGCGUGACCUCUACUCCACCGUCAUCGAUGCCCACAGCCUGCGGGCCAAGGAUGGAGGCACCCCGGCCUCAGCCCCUCUCAAUGGCUUUGUCAACUACAUGCAGUCCCGGGGCCUGGAGCUAAAGCCUGGUGGGGAAGGCCUGGGUGCUGCAGCCAUGCUGGCCAAGAGCUCGUGGCCACCAGGACUGGGUGUCUCCCUUUCCCCACCGGAUCUGGUGUCCUCACCGCAGCGUUCCUCCUUCUGCAGCCCACCACAGCCUCCCAGCCUGGCUGAGGCUGUGUACAGCAUCUGCCGGGAGCGUGCUGCCCUUGCUGGCCGCCCUGUCACCAGCCCACCCUGCAGCCCACCGGGCAGCUGUGAGCGGUGCAGCACAGCCAGCUCCAUCGUCGGCUCUUCACUGAGCACCUUCACCCUCCUGCCCCUGGGGCCAAGCAGUGGAGGGGGAGGCUGGCAGAAACCACCUGGUGAGCAGGGAGCCCAGGAGAUCCCACGGGGGGAGUUUGAACUGAGCCUAACCGACCUCAGCAGCAGCCACAUCAAGGGAGGCUGUGGCGCCAGGAGGCACAAGCUGGUUCUCCGGCGGCAGAGCACCAGCUGCUUGCCCGAUGCCAGGUGUCCCCUUUCCCCUGAGCCGCCUCGGUCACCAGCUGUCAGGAGGGUCCUGGAAUCCAGCCUCUUGGUAGAGGCAUCUCCUAGAUACUCUGACUCUCUAGAUCUGGGAGGAUUGCCCUCUUCAGCUCCUCCUGCCAUCACCAGGAUGGACUCCCAGAGCUCCCAGUCUGAGCCUUCCAGCAGCAAUAAGGGCUACAGCCACUUGGAGGAGGCAGGCACCUCCUUGGAGUCAGUUGCCAACACCACAGCCAGUAAAAUUCAGGACUGUGAGGAGGAACCAGUUGAUCAGAUGGAUCCCCUCAAGGCUACCAGCAGAGAACAAACAGGGGAGCAAUCCCAGCAAACUCAAAGACAGUACACAAAUAAAGAGAAACUCUUUAUGAUUUCUAGGUCACAUGCUGCAUUAGGGCUGGAGGAUGGGGAACUGGAGAGUACGGGCAUCUAAAUAAAACAGAGACAGCAAGAGGACACCUUGCAUCCCUCCACACCUUCCCUGCUUCUUCAUCUCCUUGUGGACUAGGAAACCAAUCGAUAUCCAAAGAGCUGCACUAUGUUACCCUUGAAAAUUGAAUUCCAUAGAUCCUGUAGAUGACUUCAGGAAGAAAAAAGAAAAUCCUUUCUGUCUAUUCGUGAUUGUAUGUUUCAUGCAAGCCAAAUUGUAUUAAAUAUCCACAGUCCA